UUUGCAUUCUUAAGACCACGUAGCAUUCUUAAGACAUUAGUUUGCUUACCAAUUUUUACCUUCAUGGUUAGACUAAUAGAAGGGAUCAUCAAGUUGUUUGUUUUUCAACAAGUUGGUUUUUCACAAUCACGAAUGGCAUCAUCCCAAUCAUCAUCUUUAGUUAAUGAUUUUGUCAUGGAAGCACCAACUUGUUGGUGUGGUUUGAAAACACCACUGAAGAUGUCCUACAUCAAGAAAAAUCCUGGAAGGAGAUUCUUUGCCUGCCCAAAGUAUAAUACGGGAGAUGUGAGGUGUGACUUCUUCGUAUGGGCGGAUAUAUUUCAGUUGCUAGAGGAGAACAUUUUAUCAAGAGAGGAUAAGGCUUGGAAGACGUGGGAUGAUAUAUUAAAGCGCGAGUAUGCCGUUAGCAAAAGGGAAGAGAAAAUGAGAGAGAUGACGAAGAAUCUAAAAAAAGAAAAGCAGAAGUUAUUGUGUUUGUAUUGGGUUGUCACUUUUGUAAUAGUGUUUGCUUGGUUCGGAUAAUUAUUUGUAAAGGUUCAUUUUAGGAAUGGUUUGUAUAGCAUGGUAUUUACUGCGUUUUGGUUCUGUUUUGCAAACUGAAAAAAUUCAGUUUGCUUUUGAACUUGUAUUGUAAAUUAUUUGGAAUCACUUGUGUAAAAAUGGGACUUCAAAUGCAGUUUUUAGUUGUAGGAAUCAAUUUGGUGGGUCCAAUAUAGAAGCAAAGACACUGUUAUUAUGUACAAGAUCCUUAAGAUUUAAUUUUUUGUGUUAAAAUGCAAAUAAUUCUGAGCUGGAUGCCUCCUUCCCCGGGUAUCUAUAUA